AUGUAUUCAACUUCAUUUGCAUUAUGGAACGUUUUACAAGGAACUGAUGUAAAAACAUUUACAAUGAACGUUGAUAUCGGUUUAAUACAACUUGUAAAAUCAGGCGGUGUGUUACACGUUCAGAUAACCGAAAGGUUUGGAGAUCUUGGAAUUAAAGUUGAAUACUUUAAUAGUGAAAAACUUCCUGAAAAUCCCCCAGCACGAGAUAAUUUGAUUUUUAAACAUUCUGAAGAUUAUAGAAAUCGUCUUAUAGAAUACUUAAGUUCUAUUAAUCAUAAGAACGAAUUUUCUACCUUUAAGGGUGCUCUUUCAGUACUCCUUCUGGGUUCUGGCACUACAAUUAUUGAUGAGGCAGAUGUUACUAUAAUGAUUUUAGACUUUUGGGUGAACAAACAUAUUCAUUAG